GACAGACAGACAGACAGACCAGACAGACAGACAGACAGACAGACAGACAGACAGACAGACAGACACGGAGGAUGGGUCGGCGGAGUGGCCGUCGGUAGCGCUCUGUUUUCGGGCACGGAGCUCCAGGAUGAGCCUAGCGCUGCAGGACCUCCGGAACACCAUGUCCAGCUAUAAGCGAGCCACGUUCGAGGAGGACGACGUGUCGGACGCUACGGCAGACACAGCCUCGUCUCCUGAUGCAGUGGAGGUGGGCUUCAGGAAGGGCGGCGUGGAUCUGCUGGGCCGGAGGACCCGGCUGGAGGUUCUGCUGUCGGUGCUGCUGUUGGUAUCUCUGCUGGCUCUGCUGACCUGCCUGCUGCUGCUGGGGCUGGGCUUCAGCUCAGACAGUGGGCGGGGCCUGUGCCUGACAGAGGCCUGCGUCUCGGUGGCGGCUCAGAUGGGGGAGGCGAUGGACCGCAAUGUGGAUCCCUGCUCAGACUUCUACCAGUUCUCCUGUGGAGGCUGGGUGAGGAAGAACCCGCUGCCCGACGGACGAUCCAGGUGGUCCACCUUCAACAGCAUCUGGGAGCAGAACCAGGCCCUGCUCAAACACCUGCUGGAGAACGGGACCUUUAACGGCAGCAGUGAAGCCGAGAGGAAGACCCAGUCCUACUACCUGUCCUGCCUGAACACCCAGAGGAUCGAGGAGCUGGGGGCCCAGCCGCUCGUAGACCUCAUCGCCAAGAUCGGGGGCUGGAACAUGACGGGCCCCUGGGAUAAAGACAACUUCAUGGAGGUCCUGAAGGUGGUUUCUGGCCCCUACAGAGCGCAGCCUUUCUUCAGCGUCGGAGUCAGCGCCGACCCCAAAAACUCGAACAGCAACGUCAUCCAGGUGGACCAAUCAGGGCUCUUCCUGCCGUCCAGAGAUUAUUACCUCAACAAGACAGCCAAUGAGAAGGUGCUUGUGGCCUACCUGGACUACAUGGUGGAGCUGGGCAUGUUGCUUGGUGGAGAGAGGAGCUCCACCCUGAUCCAGAUGCAGCAGAUCCUGGAGUUUGAGACUGCGCUCGCCAACAUCACCGUCCCUCAGGACCAGCGGCGAGACGAGGAGAAGAUCUACCACAAGGUCACCAUCGCCGAGCUGCAGCUGCUGGCCCCGGCUGUGGAGUGGCUGGACUUCCUGUCGGCCUCCCUUUCUCCUCUGGAUCUGAACGACACUGAGUCCGUGGUGCUUUACGCCCGGGAGUACCUGCAGCAGGUGUCCGAGCUCAUCAACCGGACCGACCGCAGCCUGCUCAACAACUACAUGAUGUGGACGCUGGCUCAGAAGAGCGUGGCCAGUUUGGAUCAGCGCUUCGAGAACGCUCAGGACAAGCUGCUGGAGAGCCUGUACGGUACCAAGAAGUCGUGCACCCCCCGCUGGCAGACGUGCAUCGGGAACACUGACGACACGCUGGGCUUCGCUCUGGGGGCGCUGUUCGUGAAGGCGACCUUCGACAAACACAGCAAGGACAUUGCAGAGGAGAUGAUUAAUGAGAUCCGCUCGGCGUUUAAAGACGCUCUGGACCGGCUGGGCUGGAUGGACCAGCACACCAAACAGGCUGCUAAAGACAAGGCCGACGCCAUCUACGAUAUGAUCGGCUUCCCAGAAUUCAUCCUGGACCCCAAAGAGCUGGACGAUGUGUACGACGGGUACGAGGUGUCGUACGACAGCUUCUUCAUGAACAUGCUCAACUUCUACAACUUCUCCUCCCGCGUGAUGGCCGACCAGCUGAGGAAGACCCCCAACAAAGACCAAUGGAGUAUGACCCCCCCCACCGUUAAUGCCUACUACAUGCCCACUAAGAACGGCAUCGUCUUCCCCGCCGGGAUCCUGCAGGCUCCUUUCUACGCCCACGACCACCCUAAGGCGUUGAACUUCGGGGGCAUCGGGGUGGUGAUGGGUCACGAGCUCACGCACGCCUUCGACGAUCAGGGGCGCGAGUAUGAUAAAGAAGGGAACUUAAGGCCGUGGUGGCAGAACUCGUCGGUGGAGGCGUUUCGUCAGAGAACCGAGUGCAUGACGGAUCAGUACAGCCGCUACACCGUCAACGGAGAACACGUCAACGGAAAACAGACGCUCGGAGAAAACAUUGCCGACAACGGAGGACUGAAGGCUGCGUACAACGCUUAUCGGUCGUGGGUGCAGAAGAACGGAGAGGAGAAGAGGCUUCCCGCCGUUAACCUGACCAAUGAUCAGCUCUUCUUCGUUGGAUUUGCUCAGGUGUGGUGUUCGGUCAGGACACCGGAGAGUGCUCACGAGGGUUUAGUGACCGACCCCCACAGUCCCCCCCGAUACAGAGUCAUAGGCACACUUGCCAACUCUCCGGACUUCAGCCGCCAUUUCAACUGCCCCGUAGGGACGCCCAUGAACACCGGAGGGCGCUGCGAGGUCUGGUAGACGCUGCUAAGAGGGGUUAACUAGUCUGCAAACUAAAACAUAUAUCCACCUUAACAAAUGACAAGAGUCUUAAUUAGAGGAGGUGAUCUCUGGGUUUUAAUUAGUGCGAAAACUUAAAAUAUAUCCUUCCUGAACAAACGGCUAGUGUCUUAAUUAGAGGGGGGUUAUCAUGGGGUUAUCUGGGGGUUAUCUGGGGG